UCGUUAAAUUAGAAUUUUCAUUUCAAGAUUAAAACAUUUUCAAGAUAUAAAACUGAAAUUAGUAAUUUUACGCGCAGAAGGUAAAAAAAAGUUGUUUUUUUUUAUAUAAAAAACGUUAAUUCUAAAAAAAAGGGAAAGUGCAAAAAUAAAAACAGCUGGUUAGGAAAGUUCAACUUUCAAAUUUCAAUUUUUAGUAGGAUAAUUAGCAACGAAUUGACAAUUAUCUUAUUUAGUAAUAAACAAAACAUGGGAAAGAAGUAACUUUUCUGACAAUAAUUCGUUUUUUUGAUAAGUGCGAACAUUUUUCGAUCAAUAAAUUGACAAAAUUACAGCGAAGUAAUAAAAUCAUUCAUCAUGGAGCAAGCGUUAUCAGAAAUUAUUCCCGACGCGAAUAUUUUACCAUUUGCUGUAUUAUUCCUACUAAUGUCAGGAAAACACGAUGAAGACCUAAUAGACUCCCCGAAAAGAAAAAGUUUACCUCUGAUCUCAGAUAAAAAAGCUAAAAAAAAGAAAUUACAAACUUACAUACGAGCAACUACUUCAGACGAAUACAUUGAAGUUGAACGUAUCGAAGAUGAGGGUCAAAAAUCAUAUAAAGUAGAAGCACGACUGGAACCUCUUAUCAUGACAGAACCAAUAUUAGAGCAAGUUACAAUGAGAAACGCGAGCGUACAUUUGGAAUUCAAUGAUUUUACGGUACAAGGAGUAGGCACGUUCAAAGUGACAGGCAAAUCUGGUACGGGUAAAGAAACCUCUGCUCCAACAGAAAUCAACUUUGACACUCCAGAAAACGUCAAAUUGACGACAAAUUAUAAACUGAAUGGGAAAAUCUACGAAAAACCGGCUAAAGGAGAAGGAAAUAUAGAGAUCAAUAUUAUUGGCGCUUCUUUGUUUGGUAUGAUCGAUGUGACGGAUAAUGGAUCGGAGUUGCAAAUUCAAGAUUUAACGUUAUCAUAUAACUAUAAAAGUUUACAAGUCAGUUACACCGGUUUGAAAGUCGAAGGAAUGAAAUCCGUAGAGGUGGAUAAACAUGUCAAUGAAAUGGUUAGUGCGUAUCUCCGAGAUAAUGCCAGAGAAGUUUCACGUCGUUUAGCUAAAGAAAUUCGAAGUAGAAUGAACAAAAAAUUGAAAGGAGUAUCUACCGUUAAAAUUCUUUCGUUAUUGAAAGGUGUUUAAAAAAAUUUCUCGCCACGUACGAAAUGUUGAAAAUAAUCGUCGAAUUCUUGGAAAAUUCAAGUUUCAGAGAUGUAACUUUUAAAUUAAAAUGAUUACUACUUCAUAAACAAAACAUGUUUUUCAAAAUCAAAGAGUCUUUUUUGUUUCAAUCCGGAUUUCAAACAGUAUAUAUAAAUAAUCUACUAAUGGUAAACAUUACUUUAAUAAUACAUAUAAAAAAUUGAAGUUUAAACUUGAAAUACACUCAAUUAACAAAAUAAAAUAAAAUCAAAGUACAUGUACGUCCAUCUGCACAAAAAUUCUUCGUAUAUCACUAACUUUGUUCAUCAUAGUAAAAAAUUAAAAAAAAGAAGUAAGAUUAUUUCUAGCAAAAAUGCGACGUUUUAAAAAUUACAUCACAACAGAAGAAAAAAAAUGAAAACGUAACAUGAGAGUAUUAAGUAUAAGAAUUACCUCAAUAGAUCACAGCAACUUGAACACAUUAUUCAUAUCAUUCUGGUCUUUUUAAUUGUAGGUGUACUUAUUCUGGAAAAAGUUGAAAAAUGAAACAAUCAACAUCUGAAAUAAAAUUGUUGAAAUUGGAGUAUACAAACGAACCUAUCAAUUGGUAAAUUCGUUAUAUCACCGAACGAGAUGUCAAUAAAAGGUUCCACGGGGACCAAUUCUGCUUUUAUAUUAUCGGCCUGUUCUUGUAAUGUUUCAGCUUUUUCAAGCAUUAAUAACUGAAAAUUAUUUCAUGAAAAAAUAAAUAAUCAUAUAAAUUACUUACAUUCAAAGCAAACAAAAUAAAAUCAAACAAUAAAAAUUUCCCUCUAAAA